AAAAACUUAGCACUAACUCAAUCAAAAAAUCACUUUUUUUCAGCACCAAACGCCACAGCCUACCCGCAAAGCAGAAACCAACAAACAGUUAAAAAACAAAACCCACCGAGUUUCCACUUUUAUUUCUCCCUUUAGCUUUCCACUUUUCUUUUUCGCCCACAGCCUACAAGCUUCUCCACCACGUCGCUUACCACAGAGAAGAUCAAACCGGGUAAGCCGGGUCUCAGACCGGAGUCACCACCACCAUCACCAUGUACAGGGACGUCUCGAGCUGCAACAGUUACAACUAUGGCGAUGCCCUUUACUGGGAUGCAAGAUAUAUCCAGGAAGGUGGUUCUUUUGACUGGUAUCAGCGUUACGUUGCUCUCCGACCCUUUGUCCGCAAGUAUAUUUCCACUAAUUCCCGUGUUCUUAUGGUGGGCUGUGGCAAUGCUGCUUUGUUUGGCGAAAAGAUGAACAGGGCUAGAGAGGAAAGGAGCAAGAUUGGAUUUUUUCGAUAUUGGGUUGUGAUUGUUAUGUCUGAGGAUAUGGCGAAGGAUGGAUAUGAAGACAUAAUGAACAUUGAUGUUUCAUCAGUUGCCAUUGACCUGAUGAAAAAAAAAUAUGACCACGUCCCUCAGCUGAAAUAUAUGGAAAUGGAUGUUAGGGAUAUGAGCUUCUUCCCAGAUGAAUCAUUUGACGGUGUCAUUGAUAAAGGCACUCUUGAUUCUUUGAUGUGUGGCACCGAUGCUCCAAUUAGUGCUGCCCGGAUGCUAGGGGAAGUGAGUAGGCUUCUUAAACCGGGGGGUAUUUAUAUGUUGAUAACAUAUGGUGAUCCUUCAGUAAGGAUGCCUCAUUUGAGUCGACCAGCUUACAGUUGGAAAACUGUAUUAUACAUCAUACCUAGACCUGGAUUUGAAAAGCCUGCAGGUUCAUCAACAAAGUCAAAUUUGGAACCUAUUCCUACCACUGAUAAGGGCUUGCUUCCGCCAGAUUAUGUAUUGGAAGAUCCAGAUUCUCACUUUAUAUAUGUGUGUAAAAAGACGGAUGAUACGGAGCUAAGCAAUGCAACCGUCUAUCCAUUGAAAGCUGAUGUUUUAUAGUAAUAACUUCCACUGAAAAGCACUGAACUGAUGAAGAGGUAGCGGGUUACACCCUAUUUUACAAGCUUCAACAAUCAUUUAUAUGUGAUCAUUAUUCUUGCUUGUACAAUGAGGACUAAUCAUUAGCAUUCUUGAGGUUUUUGUAACUGAUAAAAAAGGAUUCUGUUUUGUUGAAUCAAUGUGCCAAGGCUAGCUUUUAGUGUGGAAAAUAAAGAAAAAACAAAAACAACAGAAGAAAAAAAAAAAAAAAACCAAAUAUACCGAUCAGAUACAAGCAUCCCUUUUUUU